AUGUUAUCUCGACUGUCCUCUCGUGGAAUCUCUAGUAGUGCUGUUGCAUGCAGGGCAUCUACAGUGUUCGCCGACAAGAACGAGAUAGCGUUCCCAGUUCAUGGAAAGCAGCCCAAAGUAUGUGGCAUAAAGGAUGCUUUCAAGAAGAUAAAGUCAGGGGACAAUAUUUUUGUGCACGGGAUUGCUGCGACACCGACUCCACUUCUGAAAGGACUCUGCGAGCAUGCUAAGACUAACAACCUCAAGGGAAUCAAACUUCACCAUCUCCACCUUGAAGGAGAAACACCUUGGACUGCACCAGACGUGCGUGACCGUAUUCGAUCAAAUUCUUUGUUCACUGGUGCCAACCUCCGUAGUGCCGUCAAUGAAGGUAUUGCUGACUUCAACUCUUGUUUCCUGCAAGAAGUUCCCAUGCUAUUCCGUCGAGGAGCCAUCAAACUGAAUGCUGCACUCAUUCAUGUCUCACCUCCUGAUCAAAAUGGUUACUGUUCCCUGGGUACGUCGGUGGAUACAGCUAGGGCUGCAGUUACUAACGCUGACCACAUCAUCGCUAUGGCAAACAAGCACAUGCCUCGAACUUUUGGGGACAGUGUCAUUCAUUCGUCGCACAUUGACGUUUUAGUUGAAGACCAUACUUUUAAACUCCAUGAAAGACAUAUCGGAAAAGAUAGCGAAGAGGAAAAAAAGAUUGGACAAAUCAUCGCGGAGCAUUUGGUUGAUAAUGGCGCUACCCUGCAAAUGGGUAUCGGAGCCGUCCCGGAUGCUGCCCUCGCUGCCUUAAAAAAUCACAAAGAUCUGGGUAUUCAUACUGAAAUGUUCUCAGAUGGUGUGCUAGAUCUCAUUAGGUGCAAUGCAAUUACAAAUAGCAAAAAGACCAUUCAUCCUGGAAAGCUUGUUGUUGCCUUUGUGUACGGAUCAACAAAGCUGUACGACUACCUACAUGACAAUCCCCUUAUUGAAUUUGGCGACGUCCAGUGGGUGAACGAUCCCGCUAUCAUUCGUCAAAAUCCCAAAGUGACCGCAAUUAACUCGGCUGUCGAGAUCGAUCUCACUGGCCAAGUUGUUGCUGAUUCUGUUGGAAAGCGUUUCUUGUCUGGUUUCGGCGGUCAGGUGGACUUCAUUCGUGGUGCUGCUAUCGGAGAUGAUGGACUUGGCAAGCCCAUCAUUGCUCUCCCGUCCAUCUCCAAAAAAGGGCAGAGUAAAAUAGUCCCUUACAUCAAUGAGGGAGCCGGUGUUGUGACUACGAGAUCUCACGUACACUAUGUUGUGACCGAGCAUGGUAUUGCCCAGCUGUGGGGAAAGAACAUGCGACAACGGGCGUACGAGCUAAUCAAAAUUGCACAUCCUUCUCAACGUGAAUUGCUAGAAAAAGCUGCAUUCGAAAGAAUGAAAGUGAUGCCGUCCGCGGACUAG